CACAAAAAAGUUCCCAAAAUUUUCAAAAAACACCCCCAAAUACAAACACGCGGUGGAGCUGAGUGUCUCACAGUCGAUAAAUCCCGGGGCGAUGUCGAAAAACGCGGCGAUAAAUCCGUCGAUGCUCGGCGACAUAGCCACCGGAACAAAAUACUCCGCGUCGGAGGUCAAUUCGUACCGCAUAAUGGCCGUUGCCGACCGAUUAGCCGCUCAUAUUUGCAGCAAAGAUAAAACCGAUUCCGUUGAAUUCUUCAAUCUCUGCCUCUCGUUAGCGAGAGGGAUUGAUUAUGCCAUAGCUAAUAGUGAAGUUCCAAGCUUUGGCCGAGAGCUUCCUGCUUUGUUGAAGCAGGUAUGUACUCGGAGAAAUGAUUUUUUAUUGCAAGCUGCAAUCAUGGUUUUGAUGAUCUCUGUAAAGACUGCAUGUGAAAAUGGAUGGUUUUCAGGAGCAGAUAGUGAGGAGCUGAAGUUUCUAGCAUAUGAGAUCGGAAGCACCUUUUGCAGUGCAAAAGAUAUCAACCGUGAGGCAAGUAGUCUGAUACCAACUAUAACAACAAUUACAUCAAGAUUUUAUCCACAUAUGAAAAUAGAUCAAUUGCUGGCAUUUCUUACUGCUAAGCCGGGAUUUGAGGCAUAUGUGUUGGAUUUCCAGAUACGGAAAAAAUUGAAUUCCUCCCCGGAUGAUAAAAUUUGGUUAUUUGUAGCUCAGAUAGAUCACGUGGAGACAUCGGCAUGUAUCAUAAGUCCUCAACAAGUGAACUUUUUGCUGAAUGGGAAGGGUGUUGAAAGAAGAACUAACAUUUUCAUGGAUAAUGGACCUCAACUUCCGACAAAUGUCACCAAACUGCUUAAAUAUGGAACAAAUCUACUUCAAGCUGUGGGGCAGUUUAAUGGAAAUUAUGUAAUAAUUGUCGCUUAUAUGAGUUUUGUUGCAAAGCCUGUUCGACCUUCCUUGCAAGAUUAUGUGCAGCCUACCAUUGCUUUACUAGAUUCAGAUUCAGAGUUGAUUGAAGAGGCAUCUCGAAUAUCAUUAAGUUGUCCAAUAAGCAUGAAGCGUAUCAAAACUCCUGUCAAAGGUCAAUCGUGCAAGCAUCAUCAGUGUUUUGAUCUAGACAAUUAUGUGGAUAUAAAUUCAAGAAGGCCAUCCUGGCGCUGCCCACACUGUAAUCAGUCUGUAUGCUUCAAUGACAUUCGUAUUGAUCAGAAGAUGGUCAAGAUUUUAGAAGAGGUGGGAGAAAAUGUUGCCGUCGUAAUGAUUUCUGCUGAUGGAUCAUGGAAAGCAGCAACUGAAAGCAGUGAUCAAAGGGACCAGAAAACCUCAAUUAAUGUUCCAGAAGUCCUAUCACAGGAAGAACCUAAUUGCACUGCAAAUGCCGUCCCUGAUAUAAUGGAUCUUUCUGAUGGGGAAGAUGCCAUGGAUACGGUUGGUGCUUCUGGAAAUGAAUGUCUGAAACCCCUUUUAGCUACUUAUGAGAACCAGUUGAGAUAUCUCUGUACUACAAAUACUGGCGGGGAUAAUCAGAACCGCACCUCACAUGCAGAAAAUACCCAAGCCAAUGGUAUUACAGGAUCUGCUCCAACAAAUUAUAUGUUAUCUCCUGUAUUGACUGAUGCCGUAUCUCCUGCUCUUAAUCGAGAGCCUGAGGGUAUUCCUGCAUCAACCCUUGCAACUUCUGUUUCGCCGAGCCACAAUGCUGCUCCUUUUAAUACACAAUUGCAACAUGCUGACAUGACCAAUGAAUAUGGGAGGUACCCUCCAACAUCGCAAACUUUAAACAGAGUGCCUGUUGCUGUUCAGGCCCUUCCUGCACAAGCUUCAACAUCUGUUUCACAACAAAGACCAAUGUCUACUUCUCAGAUGUCUCCUAAGCCAGUAAUGGUAAAUGGCUCUGGAUUUUCCAGUAAUGUGGAAGGGCAACAGCAGCCUAGACCAUUACAGGGGUCAUACAUGUCCUCGUCUACGUUGCAGCAGCAAAUUGGGAGUUGGGGUCCACAGGGUCACUUGUUCAGCCCAAGUCGUCCAUCUCAACAAAUGAGUACCCCACUAGCUCCUGGUGGUUAUCGAGUCCCUUUUUCUAAUGGCCAAAACUCGCAUCAACAACAUUUUACAGGCCAAAGGAUGCCGCAUAUAAGGAGUCAGUCACCUGGCCUGGCCAGAACACCCCCUCAUUUGCCACCGACUCAAACUCAUCACGGAGGUAUGCCGAAUAGGGCUUCAUCACCAUAUGUUCGUCAGCAGGAACAGUUUCAUAGUUUUUCUCAAAGAACAUCCCAUUUACCAAGAACGCCGUCUCUAUUUAACCCGGUUCAACUGCAAACUACUCCUAUGCCAAGAAAUGUAGACGCACAUAGGCCUUCAAUAAGCAAUACCGGGGGAAAUUUGCAACCUGUUGGGACGCCCGAAGGUACUGUAAAUACAUCAACUGAGCAGGACUGGCGGCCAACUGGCCGCAUGCGUGGAAGCCUAUCGGGGCGGGCUUAUUCAGAAGCACUUAACCAGUACAUCAUCCAACCGACACAGCCAGUUCAACCCAUUAGGCCACCAACCAAUACAGUCACAUCUCCAUCUGGUAUCCCAUCCCCACAUGUCCCGAGGGCAGAUAACAUGAAUAUGAAUGCUACUCAGGGAGCAAAUGUCUCAUCUGUGCAACCUGCUAGUACUGCUGGGAUGUCGAACGUAGGGAAUAAUCAAACUUUAGCCCAUCCCGAUAACCCUACUAGCCAGUAUACUCAUGAUGGAAAUGGGGGUGAAGCCAGAAAAGAGGACAAUGCGCCUGACCAACUGACUGAUGAUGGAGAACGGGUGAAAUCUAGCGAAGAGAAAGAGAACUGCAGUGGAAGGAAAUAUAUAGGUGAAAAACGGCAGCAUUCAGAAAAUUUCACGGCCAGCACAACUGAGCAAGGUACUAAUGGUGGAGAGCACUGUAAUGGAAAGAAAUACAGAGGCGUAACACGGCAGCCUUCAGGGAGGUUUGCAGCGGCGAUUACUGAAAAUAGGACCCGUAUGCAGCUUGGAACAUUCGAAACAGAGGAAGAGGCUGCUUUGGCGUAUGAUUCCAGUGCCCUCCGCCUGCACGGAUCAAGUGCAGUACUGAAUUUUCCUCGACGGAGUUCUGGUGACCAGAAAACGGGAUUGAGUGGGAUAGAAUUGUGGAAAAAGGCAACAUCGUACUUGAACUCGCAGAAGUAGUCUUCGAGUUCGUUCUUGUUAACGAGGAAGUGAAGACUCGGGAGUUGGAGACGUCAUUUAGAAGUGCUUAAUGGUUGAUCACUUGCAGAAGUGCUUACUGGUUGAUCAGUUCUACUUGAAACUAU